AUGUCGCUAAACACCGCAAAUACGCCGGACGGCGGGGGUGUUUUGAUUUUCAACGGGGAGGCCAUUCUUCUCUUCGUUCGCGAUGUCACAAUGCAAUUCAAGAAAAAUACUAAUCAGCACGUCAGCGGCAAGAAGGUCGGUCUGCUGUAUCUCUCCUCGCAUCGCAUCAUCUUCAUGCCAAAUGACAAGCGCGACGAGAUGAAGUCGUUCGAGAUGCCAUUCGGUUGCAUGGAUGAUGUGCAUCUGCAGCAGCCGAUCUUUGGCGCCAACUAUCUGCAGGGCCGCGUUCGAGGGAUGCCCGGCUCGAAUAUACAUGGAGAAAUCGAAUGGUAUCUGACGUUUUCAAAGGGCGGUUGCAUCGAGUUUGGCAUGGCGUUGCUCAAGGCUGUGGAUAUGGCAGCACGGCUUCGACCAGAAAAUGCCCCUCCACCUUACGCGCCGCCAACCGGCAACUACUACGCGGCCCCGCCGGACUAUUUCGAGCCCGACGGAGAUGAGGCGACACCAUUUUUGGGUACACGCCAGACACAUUCGGACCGUCCUGACAAUGUCUUCAUGCAAGAAGCUCCGCCUCCCUACCCGGGCAUGGGUGCUGAACGGCAACCGGUAGCCACCGAGGAGUUGGUGCCGGCCGGCGCUUCGAUGGCCCCACCCCCAUAUGAACAAAACGGCAACGAGCUGCGACAACGACGGAAC